GACCAAUUGAAAAGUAAUGCCAAUGCCAUAUUAAACCUCAAGCUUCCCUUCAACUAAAUUUUCUCAUAUCCAUGCACUUCUCCCUCACCAGGUAAUUCUCUGUGGAAUAGCGGAAGAGACACAAAAAAAUUCAAAGAGAGAGAAAGGAAAAAUUGCAUGAACAUUUUGAUGCAGUUUCUGUCUACUCCACCCAAUUGCACGAAGAAUGGAGCGUAAGAGAACUCUGAAGCUGAGCUGGGAUGAUCUUGGGGGCGGCGAAGACGAUGAUCAAUUCUUUGAUCCUCGUGACCGGCUUUCCUGCGCUGUUCCUCUCGAUUUGACCACAUUGGGUUCAGAUGACAGCGAGGAUGAGUUCGAAGAUAGUCGCCUCUCCCUAUCUUCAUCGUGCCUUGAUGGAAUGGAGGAUAAUAGUAAUGAUAACAAUGAAUCUUCAUCCAUCUCCAUGGGUGAUUAUGGAAUGUGGAUGGCUGAUCCCGGCGACAUCAAGGAGCGGCGCAAACGUCUUCUCCAGGGAAUGGGUUUGACAAGCAACAAGGAUCUUCUCGUCAAGGUCGCAAGUUCUAAGAUUGCCAGAGCGAUUUCCAGAAAGCCUUCCCAUCUCCUGAAGAAAGAUUCCUCUUCGUCGAAACCGAAACCCCCGACCAAAGAUACACAUAAGCAAGAAACGGACCCCGACCCGGCUUCUUUCGGGUUUUCUCCCCGAGCAGAGGAGAAACCGCCGGCAGGAGUGGGGGCAGAGUAUACACAUGCAAUGCCCGUCAUUCUGGUCCGGUCAAGAUCCGAUGGCGAUAUAGACUCCUUCGCCGCUGAAACAAAAAGGAGGAAAGAAGAGAUAAUCGGUCCAGUAUCGAAACAACGGCUAACAAGAACAUUAUCAGGGUUGACAUCAUCCAGAACCGGCGGAAUGGGGCAGAUCGCCGGUCCGAUCAUAGUCACACAACCCAAGAAGUGGAAAAAAACCAGACGACAGACGAUGCAAAACAGCAUGGCUGACGAAUGCAUCGGUUCGUUCUUCUUGAUAAAGAAUCUUGACACCGGGAAAGAGUUCAUUGUGAAAGAGUGUAAUGAAAAUGGGAUGUGGAAUAAGUUAAGUGAUCUCCAAACCGGGAAGCAACUGACCAUGGAGGAAUUCGAGAAGCAUGUGGGACACUCCCAGAUGGUUAAAGAGUUGAUGCAUCGUGCACAUGGAGGGCGAAGAAGCGAUGGUAAGAUCAACAUGAAUUCCUAUAUUAGCAAGAGCUUCAGGUAUAGCAAGAAAACAAGUGUUGCUCUUAUGAGGAACAUUAAGGGCGUAGCGAAUUCCAUGAGCAGUUUCAAGAUCUCAGAGAAAGAACGGGACAACCUCUCAUUACAGGGGGAUGAUCAGAAACAUAAGAAGAAGAAUAGCUCUUCUUCUUCUUCUUCUUCUUCUUCUUCAGAGUGGAUCAAAGUCCAGCAGCAAGGGAAAACCUACAAGGAAUUCACUGGUUUGCAGUUGUGUCAAGAAAUCCAAGCGCAUGAGGGGUCAAUAUGGGCCAUGAAGUUUAGUCAAGAUGCACGUUACUUAGCAAGUGCGGGAGAAGACAGAGUGAUUAAUGUGUGGGAAAUGCAAGAUGUGGAGGUUAUUAGAGCAUGGGAAGAACGUGGAAGCAGCACGCCUCUUCACCCAUCGCUUGUGGGAAACCUGCAGAAGGCGGGUAAGAGUUCAUCAACUAAAAAGAAAGAUAGUUUGAUUCCAGAUUAUGUGAACAUGCCUGAAACUGUAUUUGCUUUCUCGGAGAAACCUGUUUCCACUCUCACUGGCCAUCAAGAUGAAGUACUCGACCUCUCAUGGUCAAAAUCUCAGCUUCUGCUUUCGUCUUCCAUGGAUAAAACUGUGAGGCUUUGGGACAUCGAAACUCAAAGUUGCCUGAAAAUGUUUGCACACAAUGAUUAUGUAACAUGCAUACAAUUCAAUCCAGCAGAUGAUGACUACUUUGUCAGUGGUUCACUGGAUGCUAAGGUUCGGAUAUGGAAUGUGCCUGGGAGGAGAGUUGUGGACUGGACUGAUCAAAAAGAUAUGGUCACUGCCACUUCCUAUACCCCUGAUGGUGAGGGUGUUAUCAUUGGUCUUCAAAAAGGGAGUUGUCGGCUGUAUAGAAUCACUGAUUGCAAACUAGAACAAGAAGAGCAAUUCGAUGUUGAUCCAAAGAAGAAAUCCCAAAAUAAAAAGAUCACUGGUUUUCAGUUUUCCGAAUCAAAUCCUUCAGAACUGCUCAUCACCUCUGCAGAUUCUUAUGUUCGGAUCCAUGAUGGAACAAACUUCUCCCAAAGAUUCAAAGGUGCCAAAAUCACAUGCAGUCAAAUUUCAGCUUCAUUCAGUCAAGAUGGGAAAUAUGUGAUAUGUGCAAGCGAAGAUUCCCAAGUGUACGUGUGGAAAAGAGAAGAAGUAAGAGGAGGCAAAGGAAGAUGCCUUACAAUCCAAGCUCAUGAGCACUUCCCAUGCAAAGAUGUUUCAGUUGCCAUCUCAUGGCCUGGAAGGGCAAUGAAGAAUAAUAAUGAACCAUUUGUGGAGAUGGGUGGUUCCAAAAGGCAUCAAUCAAACCCCUCCUCGCUUCCACCCCUAUAUCCGGCAAGCAAGAAGAACAAUUUGCCUCCUCUACCUAAUAAGAAAAAUGAUGCAAUGCUAGAAACAGUUUCAAGUAAUCAUCAUCACCAUCAUCAUCAUCUUACGGAAGAAGCGGAUGAAGACGAAUCGUGCUCUGAUCAACCUUCAGAUGUAGAUUCGUCUUCUAUUUCUACUUCUUGCAAUGAAUCAACUCCUUCUCAAUCUCGACGGUUUUCCUCCUGCUCCUUGAAUCUUCCCGAAGAAAGUGGCAACACCCAACAAGGAGGCGGAGGAGGUAGUAACGCUGUUGUCCAAGCAACAGCAUGGGGUAUGGUGAUUGUGACAGCAAGUUCUGGGGGAGAGAUAAGGGUGUAUCAGAAUUUUGGGUUACCUGUUAAGGCCAAUCGUCAGACCAGUCUCUUUAUUACAUAGUACAUGCAAAAUCAUGCAAUUCUGGAUGCAUUUUGUUCUAAUACAGACAUGUUUUAUUGCAUAAUUUGGUUUAGAAAGAUAUGAAAACAUUGUGCUAGCUAGCUUCUUGUAGGUAACGCGUG